UCCACUCGCUCAGCACAUUCUCAUGGUCUUAGUUUACGCCGUUUACAACGUGCUUUUGUGUCCGCACUUUUCCGCUUGAUUUCUUUAUUUUAUUCCUUCGAUCGCCUUACCUACGUUACUUGGGAUUUAAGACCAGCGAUGGUGGUAAAGAAAUGCCCAGGCUGUGAUCAAACGCUCCCUGUUGCUUGCAAGUCUUGUCAUUGUGGGCAUGUUUUUAUUAGUCGCAAGCAGCAACUACCUGAAAAGACAGAACUUGAGGGUUUUAAUCGAGAGAAAAGGCUCAGACCAGAGGUUCCCAAGAGAGAGAUACAGGACUUUGAGUAUGGUCUAUCAUCGUCCACUAUUGAGCAGGACUCUUUAGUGAAAAUAAAGAUACCAGUUCUACCCGGCACAUCUAGAGAUGGAACUCAGAUAACUGUUGGUACCCCUGUGUCAUCACUGUGUGAUAUAAGGGUACCUGACCAGUUUUUACAAGUAAAUGGAAAACGUAAGCGAGGACGUCCAAAAGGAUCUAAGAACAAACCCAAGCCACCACCUGGAGAGCAGCCAGAGAGCACAACACCUCAGGAACCAAGUGAUCCAAACAAACCUAAACGAGGUCGUCCUAAGGGAUCAAAGAACAAACCCAAAGAUCCAUUGCGAUUCACUGGCUCUAGCCACGACGGGUGGAGCUCCGACCAGGAUUAUGUGUACCCGAUUGAUGUUGAACCACACAUAUCUAAAGAAAAAGCCAUAACCUACUCCAUAGUCCUGUCAGACAUUAAUCAAAAACUAAUGAAUCAGACUUCUAUGAACUUUGUCUGAUACUAAAGAGGGGUGUAAAGGUAAUAAGAUAAAUGUAUGGAAAAGGAAAUGUUAAGCUGCGAAUUGGUAGGGGGGUGGGAGGGGCGGGGUAUCAAAGCUGCAUAGAAUAAUGUUGUUAGAUGACUCUCCAGGGGGGGCAGGGAAUGAUGAGACUAUUUGGUGGUGGUGGUGGUGGGGGGGGGUUGAAGAUAUAAAGGAAGCAUUGUAUCAAAGAAAGGGAUAUAUGCACAUGUAUAUAUACAUACAUAUAUACACAAACCUCUUACAAAUCAGAGUAUGAUUAUGCCAAGCCUGCUCGCAAGCGUUUACUCAACGCUUUGUUGUUGUUUGCCAAGUACCAUGGACACCAUCUUGUUUUGUUCUGUCUGUGCAAAAGCUGAGGUGAGUACAAGGGGGAAGGUUGUGCAAGGGAAGGGAACUUUAGUUCUUGCCAUCUUGAGUUCUUACCCCCCUACAUCACCUUUUGUCCUUAAUGCCAAAGCUGGCGCUGUCAAAAUCUUGGUGGCCACAACUCACAAAUAGGGAAAAACGUAAGGAAAAACACUAGGUAAAUGCUUGCAGGCACGCUAGAUUUUGCCUAUCUAGACUUAACUAUCUUUUUGGUUGUACAAGAGUUAUACAAGUCAUAUUCGUCAGAGGGUGGGGGUAGAGGAUUUGCAUGCCUUUUCGUUUUUGACAGUAGACUUGUUAGCUUAUUUUUGUGUGCUAGGAGGGGGUGGCCAGUAACCUUUGAUCCACCUAAUGGGUAUUCCCCUGCUUUGUGAUAUCAUCUGGUAUCUUAGACAUCGCAGUAUAGGCCCCCAAGGGCCACAAUUUCUAACAAUGUGGUCCUUUUCUUCUCUAUGGAGCAUUUGUAAUGUUCAGAAUUUUACACAAAUUAUAUUUGUAUAUUUGUAAAAGGAGUUAUAUUAUACAUUUGUAGGUAUUGGAAAUAAGUUGGCCUUUGCAAUUCUGUAAAGAGCAGAAUUCAAUUUUUUACCUGUUUACUGACCAUAAGUUUUGGUAAGUAAGUUAACUCUGUAAAUUUCAUGUGCCCUAUUGUGUUUCUGUUAAGAAAUACCAAGUGUCAGCAGUUUACUUUGUGCUGACAGUGUGAGGUCAUUAGGGAACCAUCCACUAGGCUAAAAGACGCUUACCGAACGACAAAAUAAAAAAGGUUUAUACUGCUGUAUAUUUGUUUAGAGAGAUAGAUAUGUUAUGUUUUUUUCUGAUGUGCUUUCUCUUUACUUACAGUAACGACUUACCUUAUGACUUACAGUAGUAGCUUGCCUAGUUGACGAUUGCCUAAUGACCAGAUACCAUCACUCCUAUCUCCACUAAGAAAACUUUUAUACAGGGUAUUUUGUCUUUCAAUGGGGCUUGAAUAUCAGUGGGCAGGGAUGGUUUGAAAAGGGUGGAAUUCACAGGGUAUAUAUAUUUUUUUCAUAUUUUUCAUCUGUAAGCAGACAUGCUUGAAUGUUUGUAAGUGUAGCUAUGCAAAUAAUCAGGGGUAUGUUAUAAUUUUGUUUUAUAGAAUAAUGCCAUUUUUCUAAGAAAAUUAUAUUUCUAUUUUAAAAAUCUAAAGUUAACAUCUUACAUGUAAAAUACAAUAAAUGAAACGAUAAAACUAACAUUUUUUCC